CUGAUAAGCACUGUAGGUCACGCCAUUGCUCCAGAUUCUUCACUCGCCAUGGAGAGGGUGUUAGUUUUCCUGGUGACAGUGUGGGGCGUGGGCGUGGCCCAGUACUACCCCUACUGCACCGUCCCCCAGUGGGAGGGUUACCAGAGCACCUACGGGGGUAUCUUCCGAGAAGGGCAGGUUGUUUUAGACGAGCUGCUGACGGGGGUGGCGUAUGACCUGAACAACACCAGGCUGGCUCUCUUCACCAGCGGCACGACAGGAGGCGUCAGCCGCAAGAUCGACUACAUCUACAACUACCAAGAGCGCAUCCUGUACACCAUAGAGGGACCCACCUGUAAAAAAACGCCACUGACAGAGCCGUUCAAGAAACAGUGUACACCGAAGGGCGCUGUUAUGACGUGGGGCAAGACGUGGCUGGGAGGGGCGGGGCCAAACGACGAGUUGUGGAUCGUUGGCUUCACGGGGCAGCUGAACAACAUCAGCUACCACAUAUCCUUCAACCAGUUCCCCAUCGUCCCCGUGUUUGAGACGCUGAUGGGGGAAGUUGACGGAGUGUCGCUGUAUCAGAACUCCAACUUCAUGAACGUCACGGUUGGCAUCAAGGACCCCGCAGUGUUCACCCCGCCGCCGUCGUGCAAGGCCGUGGCCGUCGAGUUCCUGUUUCAGCCGCCAGACAGUUCCACCCGGCGUUCCCACGGCAUCCUGACGCUGUAGAACUCCCACGUGAUCUCAGGAAAUGGCAAUUUUGUCAUAAAGAACAUGCAUUUUGUUUCUCA